UUUCAAAAUGAAACUAUUCUAAUCUAAACUUUGUGCAAUAAACUGAAGUACGAUGUGCGAAAUGAAGAAGUCUAGUAUGGAGAAGGUGGAGACGGGAGACAAGGAAGUGUCGCCGAAGUCGGGGGAGACGUGGAGGAUUGUGAAGAAUGUUGUUAUCAUCAGCGUGGCGUUCAUGCUGCAUUUCACGGCUUACAGUGGGGCGGCCAAUCUCCAGAGCUCGAUCAACGCCGAGGCGGGGCUGGGCACCGCGUCCCUGGCGGCCGUGUACGCAGGCCUCAUCUUCUCCAAUAUAUUUCUGCCCGUGCCUGUCAUCAAAUGGAUGGGGACGAAGUGGGCGAUGUCUCUGUCCUUCAUAACGUACAUGCCAUACAUGGCGGCACAGCUGUGGCCGCGGUUCUACACCAUGAUACCCGCCGGCCUGAUGGUGGGAUUGGGCGGCGGGCCGCUGUGGUGCGCCAAGUGCACGUACAUAUCUGUGGUGUCAGAGGUGCACAGCAAAAUAUCCAACAUUCCGGCCGAAGCGCUUCUCGUACGGUUUUUGGGGCUGUUCUUCAUGAUUUUCCAGAUGAACCAAGUGUGGGGCAACCUCAUAUCGUCACUGGUACUAUCAUCGUCUGACAACGCAGCAGCUGUGACAGCCGUGAACGAGACGAUGAUCCCGGUGCUGUGCGGAGCUAACUUCCUGCCGAGCGCUGAUGCGGGAGAGGCGUUGCAAGCGCAGCCGCAAGCCAAGAUACAGACCAUCGCUGGUAUUUAUCUUGCGUGCAUGGCCGGGGCGGCAUUGAUUGUGGCCGUCGGUGUGGAUUCUAUGAAGAGAUACGACACGGGUCGCAGCGGUUCCGGCGAAGGCAAAUCCGGCUUACAACUUCUGGCCGUCACGCUCCGUUUAUUGGUGGAACCGAACCAGCUGCUCCUCAUCAUCAUUAACAUCUUCAUAGGAAUGCAGCAGGCGUUCUUCGGCGCUGAUUUUACUGCGUCAUUCGUGUCAUGCGCCAUCGGCACGGGCACGGUGGGGUUCGUCAUGAUGGUGUUUGGACUGUCGGAUGCUAUAGGCUGCGUCGUCACUGGAUACUUGGCUAAGAUUUCAGGUCGCAUCCCCCUGAUUAUCGCAGCGACCAUUGUUCACACUGGACUGCUGGCGACGCUGCUGGCGUGGCAAGUGCAGGCGGGCUCUGGCUACGUCAUGUACGCGAUCGCCGUGCUGUGGGGCCUGGCCGACUCUGUGUGGAUGGUGCAGAUCAACGCGUACUACGGCAUCCUCUUCCCCGGCCGCGAGGAAGCCGCCUUCUCCAACUUCCGCCUCUGGGAGUCCGUAGGCUACAUCAUCGCUUACAUCAUCUCCCCCUACCUCCGCACCAGCGCCAAGACUUGGCUGCUAUUCGUCAUGAUGAUAAUCGGAGUAGCGGGCUAUUUCACCGUGGAGUGUAAAGAGAGGAGGGUUCAGAAGAAACUGGUGGAAAAGGAGAAGGAAUUAGGAUUUGAAAAGGGUUGUGAUAAUAUAGCUUUUCAGAGUAUUGAGAGGUUUUGAUUGAUGCUAAGUAGUGUAAAAACUCGAGCACUUGAAAUUAUCAUCUUUAAGAUUCGCGUAAGUUUUAAAGACCUCUGAACCUAAUUGA